AUGUUCGCCAAAUCUGCAAAAAGAGUAUGCUCUUCUGUUGGCCGUUUUGCGGCUGUAAGGGCAAAGUCAUCACUCCCCGAGAAACUCCCCGAGAAACUCUCGGCUGUUCCUAACAAAUACAAUUCCAAAUCAUCAGCAUUCAACCUUAAGCCAAAUAUGUCGGACGGUUUGUUUUAUCAACCUGCACCUUCACCCCUCGAUCCGAAAAUUACACCAAAGGCAUUUUUACCCGAUACGGAUCCAAGAAAAGUGUCUGAUCUUUACUAUCCCGAAGAAGAUCGAUUGAUCAAAGACAACGUUAAAUAUAUGCCAAUAAUAUACAAAGCGAGCCGGGCCAAAAAUUAUUCCAUGACCAAAGAUGAUGUUAUAGAAUUGCAGAAAAUGAGAGAUGCUGGUGCAACCAGAAAGCAGAUGAAAGAGAAGUUCAAAGUGUCGGACUUCUUUAUCAGCAUCGCCACAGAGUCCAAUCCAGAAAAGAUUAUUCGGGAGAAGAAAUUAUUGAAAAAGCAAGUGAAAAGAUGGUCUGCAAAGACAUCCGUUGCUCGAAAGUUGAAGGAGAAGCAAAAGCUAAUGUGGGAGGCCGACCUUUGA